AUGCCGUCGCCCCCGCGCGAAGACCCCGCGCCGCUGACGCCGCGAUCAUCGACCCGCGAGCCGCGCCUGCCCGUCCGGCGCGUGGACCUGCGCGAGGUCGCGUCGAGGCUCGACGUGACCCCGCGCUCUCUGCUCACCGCUCUUUUAGGGGGCGACGACGGCGGCGGCGGCGGCGUCGGCGGCGUCGGCGUCGGCGUCGGCGUCGGCGACGGCGGCGGCGAAGCGACCGCCGGCAACGGCGGCCUCUCCGGCUCGACGUCCACGACGGACGUCCCGCUCGUCGCGCACCCCGACGACGCGACGGGAACGAUCGAGGAGGAGGAGGAGGAGGAGGAGGAAGAGGAGGACGACGACGACGACUUCGACGACGACGACGACGACGACGCGCGCGCGCCUCUUCUUCCCGCGUCGUUCUCCCCCAGCGCCGCCGCGCACGACGCGCACAGCUCGCUGUCGCGCGCGCAGCUCGCGCGCAAGGCGCGCCGCGCGGCGUCGCGGGACGCGUCGCUCGCGGCCGCGUCCGCGGCGCUCUUCGCCGCGGGCGGCGGCGUCGCCGCGGACGUCGACGUGGAGUCUGGUCGAACCUUGGAAAUUAUUUUCACGCCCCCCGACGACGACCAAAACCAUAACAAAAACCGAAGAAACCGAAACGGCGGCGGCAGUCCUCGAUCGCCAUCGCCGCUCGGGGGAUACAUCAUCGGCAUCCCCGUGACGGCAUCGCUGCUCCCGGACGACGCGCGGCGGCCGCCGUCGUCGCCCGUCGCCGCGCGCGAGACCGAAGCCGCCGCCGCCGCCGCCGCUGCCGCCGCCGCCGCGACGACGACGCCUUCCCCUCAGGCACGUUCUACACACUGGUCCCCAUACGACUGCGUCGGCGUUGUGAACGCCAACGGCCCUCACGGCGGCCACGGCGACGCGUGCCACCCCGACGAGGACGUGCUCGUUCGGCGCGUCAUCUUCGCGGUCCCGGAUAUGCAAGCGAGCCCGGGAGCGUCGAGCUCGCUCGACCGAAAGCCGCUCGCGUGCGGCGGAACGUCCACGAGCUUAUCGCUCCCGAGCGAGGUGAAGAGGGUCACGCUGGAGAUGGUCAUGCCGCCGUCGAUUGGGAUCGCGGCGGACGCCGGCGCGCCGCCGCCGCCGCCGCGACGCGGUGAGACUCCUUCCCUCCUGUGCGCUCCCGUCGGUCGCACGUCGUCUCUUAAGGCGUGCAUUCACGGCGGCGUCGAGCUCGCGCGCCCUCCCGACGUCGCCGCCGCGUCGUACGUCUCCCUGAAAGACCUCCGCGCGAACGUCACCGUGACGCGAAGCGUGCCGUGGGUCGGAUGGGCCAUCCUGCUCGUCGCGGCGAUUUCCCUCUCCGGCGUCGGCGCCACCGUGGACCUUCAGAAGUCGACGCCGUUCACGCAGUGCGUCUGGCGCGCGACGUCGUGCAUCGUCGUCAUGGCGCCGUGGGCGCUGUGGAGUCUGCGGACGCAAGGGCUUCGAGGCGCGAGCGACCCGAAGACGUUCGCGCUGAUGAUCGUGACCGCCGUGUGCUGGAGCGGCUGGUUCGCGGGGUUCUAUUACGGCAUCGGUGCGUUUUUAUUUUCGCGUUUCGCUUCCGUUUCGUCCUUUCGCACGUGUCUUUACCUCGACCACUCGCAGUCGAGAGCUCUAUCGCGCACGCGUACAUGCUCGCCAACACGCACAGCGCCAUCAUCGUCGUCUUCAACCUUGUCACCGGCCGCGAGCCCGUGCCCGCGGUGGACGCCCACGGUGAUUGGCGACGUCGUGGCCGCCUCGAGCGCGUGCUUCGGCGCGGCAUUCCUCGUGCUCGCGAAGAAAUUUCGUGCAAAGGUGGAGCUGUCGCACUACAUGUGGCUGUCCAUGGUCGUCAACCUUCCGAUGUCGCUCGCGGCGGCGAUGAUCUUGGAAGACAUAUCGUUCUCGCGGCCGUUCGAUCCCGCCGUUGGCGUCCUCGGGUGGUUGACGCGAGAGCAGAUCGGUUUGCAGUUGUUCAUAAGCGUGUUAGGGACGAUCGCGGGCACGGCCGGGUACGUCGCGGCGUUGAAGUACCUCUCCCCGACCGUCGUCGCGAUCGUGAUGCUGUUCGAACCCGUGCUCGCGGCGUUCAUAGGCUACGCGGUCGGGGUGAACGCGGUCCCGACGUGGGUCACGUUGAUUGGCAUGGCGUGCAUCACGUGCGGCGCCGGCGUGAUCUCCGCGCACGCGGGUGCGACCUGA